GGGUCCUUGUCAUUUUUGUUUUUUAUUUCUUAUUCUCCCAUGCCUCAGCAGGCAUCAUCCACUUCUCCUGCCCCUGCAUCUUCUGAUCCACAGAAUCCGCUCGAGAUCCACGAGAUCAUUGCUCUGGUCGGACAAUUUGUUGAACUUUGGUCCCCUUGCUCAUCUUCGUCCUCUAUCUUUGGAAAUAAUACCCACUAUGAGUUCAACCCAAAACAACUGUUAUCUCAUAGCACUGUGUCCAAAACGUGGCGUGCUGGACUGUUGCCUGUCUUAUGGCAGAUCUACGACGGCAACUGUAUGAUCAAGAUACCCAACCAUAUCAUCUCCCGGAAUAGUCAUCUCUUUCGCAUCAUUAUCGAUUGUAGACACCAUGGACCCUUUGAUUGCACAGCACUGCAUGAACUUAGCACUACUUUCAGCAAUGUAUUCACUCACAACCUCAUCCGCUAUGCACACCAGCCGCUUACAAUAUCAAAAUUGCAUUGGAAAGGAACGGAAUACCAGCGGACGAGCCCAGCCAUGUUAGAUCUUUCGGAAAGCGAACCGGAACUAGACAGUAAAACUCACAGCAACUGGGGAAGGCGUCGGACCAUGCAACUCUCAGACAUGCCGACAUUAAUCUCACACCUCACCUUGUCUUACUGGUCUAUUCCAGGAGCUGCUCCAUUUGUUCAUUUUCUGAACAAGUUUUCAAACUUGUCGACACUUGUGUUGGAUAAUGUCGUCGAUGCACGCUCUACCAAUACCCCUUCUUACAAGCUCGAGCCUACCACUUCUACUACUGUCAAUUCAAGUCUUGGAGCAACGACUCUGGACCCUAACCGAUCUCAAUCACCAUCAGGACUAUCACUAUUACCUUUAUCAUCAUUUCCAAUAGUACCGCCAUCUGUUCACCUCUCUACGGUUUUUAUUUUGUAUAUUACUUCAGCAAGAGAUCUUAGACUAUCAUACAUGCCAAUUAUUGAAAGUUGUCCAAAUCUUGAAGAGUUACACAUUUUUAACUUCCGAAUACCUUUAUGUGUACAAGAGGAUAAAACGACAGCAACAAUAAUUCCUAGUUGUCCCAGGCUUCAGAUAAUGGAAUUGGAUGUGAAUCAUUAUAAGGAUCAGAGUGAGAAAACAAGGGUUUCGGAUGCAGUCGAGGACGGUGAUGUGGCUCACUUCAUCCAAACUAUCCUGACAGGUGGAAGAGGAGGCGGAAGGGACGCGAGCAGGGCACUCAUCUCUUUUCGAGCAAGGCUCACAAGCUUUGGUGAACUGUGUGGACAGGUUUUGGCGGACCAGAUUGAGUCAUUAGAAAUCUUUGAAUUGAGAAUGCAACGAAGAUAUUAUAAACCGGCAGCAGCAAGAGUUGACAGUAAUCCGUGUCAAGAUCCCAAGAGACUAGAACUGGAGCGGGAAAUAGAGCGCCAAUUACAACUAGAAUUAAAGCGGGAACAAGAAAGGUAUGAAUAUCAACAAGCGCUCAUCGGAAUUCAGAUGGUCUUGUCAAGCCAGAAAGGAUUAAGGAAUAUUCACUUGGGGCUCUAUGAAGACACGGAGCAAUCAUCAACAGAUGAUUGUAAUGAUAUAUUAUUAUUUAAAGGACAGUGGGCGUGUCUAGAAACUCUAGAGGAACUCUAUCUAUCGAAUCUGGGGUCUCAAAGUGUACAGGAACGUGUGAUUGGUGACAUUGAGGGUACAGAGGAGGAUGGCACAUUGUGGAUAUGGCGCUGUUCAACGAAGCUACGACUCGAACCCGCCCUAGAAGAGCAUAUUGCUUCCAUAGUCAGGCACAUGCCAAGACUUCGUCGAAUGUCAUUGAAUAGAGUUGUCUUUUUUAAGCUGAGAGGAAGCCGAGUUUGAGAAUAGCAACAGAGUAUUCUCUUGUUCAUUUCUAUAAUACAUGUUCCGCC